UAGCUUCUAGUGAAGUGCUGCUGGGUUGGAAGACGGGUACGGGGGACUUUUUUUUUUAUAAAUAAUAAUAAUUAUUGUUCGCACACUCUGCCCGUUUCCAUCUUCUUAUCCUGGCGAAAGGUUGAACGGUUAAAAUGGAGGCGGACAGAUCCGGCGGAGGACCAAACCCGAGCUCCGGAGGUGGCAGCAGUAGCAGCGGAGCGGGGCGCAACCCGAACGGGCCCAAAGCAGCACCGGGCCCGGGCAUGUCAUCGGCGGGGACCGGGCCCAUGGCGGCGGCGGCGGCGGCCAUGGCUGGACCGUCGCAGUCUCGGGAGUUACAGGACGGAGACGCCGCUAUGACUCUUCCUGGGAUCCUGCACUUCAUCCAGUACGAGUGGGGACGUUUCCAGGCCGAGAAAUACCGCUGGGAGGCUGAGAGAGACGAACUCAGGGCUCAGGUGGCGUUCCUACAGGGUGAGAGGAAAGGGCAGGAGAAUAUGAAACAGGACCUGGUUAGACGGAUCAAAAUGCUGGAGUAUGCCCUCAAACAAGAGAGGUCUAAGCACCAAAAGCUGAAGACAGGAAAUGACCAGAGUCCCGGAGACAAGAAACCAGAGACAGAGGCAGAGCAACUUCCCAAUGGGCCAGCUGAGUCAGAUGCCGAGCCAGCCAAUCAGAUGUCCUGGAAGGAGGGACGUCAGCUACUACGCAAAUAUCUUGAGGAAGUGGGCUAUUCAGACACCAUUCUGGACAUGCGUUCAAAGCGUGUACGCUCCCUGCUUGGCCGGAGCAGCCCUGAGUCUAACGGACCUCCACCAUCUGAAGCCUCCCCUGAGCCUGAGCCCCGUGCAGGUGGAGAGUCCUUGUUGGUCAGACAGAUAGAGGAACAAAUCAAGAGGAAUGCGGGCAAGGAAAGCUCUAAAGAACGUCUGGGCGGCUCAGUGCUCGAUAAGAUCCCCUUCCUGCAUGGCUGUGAGGAUGAUGAUGAAGACGACAGUGACGAGGAAGAUGACUUCCAAGGCAUGACCACCGACUGCAUUGAUGGACCUCGAAAGAACAAGAAGUCUCGUGUAAAGAUGGGUUCAGAGCCUAUGACCACAGACCUGGACCCCGAAGAUGAGGAAGAUGAAGACGACUCUGAAGAUGCCCUCAGUGAAUUUGACUUCCUGGGCUCAGGGGAGGAUGGGGAGGGGGCGGGAGAGGCCCGGAUCUCUGGGGACGGACGGGAGUUAGAGAACCGCAGGAACAAGUUACAAGGCAUGAUGUCGGACUUCCCCCCUAAACCUACCCCGCCCCCCUCUGUAUCGGGACAGGCUCGUGCCGGGGAAGGUGGCGCUCUGGGUUUCUCCUCUGAUGUCUUCAUUAUGGAUGCUGUUGGAGGAGGAGACAUGAACCUGGGUGAAUUGGCUGAUCUCACUGUUGCCAACGACAACGAUCUAUCCAUGGAUAUGCAGGAUAACAGAGAGGAGUUUAAGAAGACAUGGAACCCUCGUUUCACACUACGCAGCCACUUUGAUGCCAUCCGCGCGUUGACCUUUCACCCCAGCCAAGCAGUGUUACUCACAGCCUCGGAGGAUGGAACACUAAAACUGUGGAACCUCAACAAGGCCAUGCACUCCAAAAAGAACGCAGCAUUAGAUGUCGAGCCCAUCUACACAUUUAGAGCGCACAGUGGUGCGGUUCUGUCACUGACGAUGGGCGAGGAUGGAGAAUCCUGCUACAGUGGUGGUCUGGAUGGAACUGUCCGGUGUUGGAAGAUGCCAGAUCUCAAUGUGGAUCCUUACGAUAACUAUGAUCCCGGCAUUGAGAGCAGUGUGCUGGCCGGACAUGAGGACAGCGUGUGGGGUCUGACUUACUCUGCGGUCCACCAUCGUCUUGCCUCAUGCUCAGCCGAUGGCACCAUUCGCCUCUGGGACCCCCAGAACUCGUCUCCCUGCCUGUCUGUCUUCAACAAGGAGAGAGAGCAUGGAACGCCCACCUCAGUGGCCUUUGUGGCCUCUGACCCCAACCAGGUUGUGGUGUCAUUUGACGGCGGUGAGACACUGCUCUACGACCUCAACACAGAGCAGAGCAUCACAGCACUAGAGACACAGACCAAGGACGGCAGUGAACUAAUUAACCGUGUGGUCAGUCACCCAUCUGAGCCCGUCUCAAUCACUGCGCACGAGAACCGCACCAUUCGCUUCCUGGACAACAAGACAGGUAAAGUUGUCCACUCAAUGGUGGCCCACCUGGAUGCGGUCACCUGUCUUACUACAGAUCCUAAAGGCACUUACCUCAUCUCUGGCAGCCACGACUGCUCAGUCCGCCUGUGGAUGCUCGACAACAGGACGUGCGUGCAGGAGAUCACGGCCCACAGGAAGAAGCACGACGAGGCCAUUCAUGAUGUGGCCUUCCACUCUUCCCAGCCCUUCAUCGCCAGCGCCGGCGCAGAUGCACUUGCAAAGAUCUUUGUCUGACAGCACUGUCGUCAUUCUGGGACCCACAACCACAACCGGGCCAAAAGAGACUGAAGACUACAGUGGACAAAUUUCACCUGCUCACACACAUACACACAACCACACUCACAGACACACAUUUGUCCUGCACCCCACUGGCUGGGUCAUUGCCACAGGACGUCACCUCCCCUCAAUUUCCUCACCGUUUUAUGAUGCCUCAGUGACUUCUUGUAAUACUAAUCACACCGCUUUUUUAUAACUUUAAAAUUCUAGCUGCUCUGUUUUCAAAUAAUCAUGUUUGGAUUAACACUUUUUCUACACUACAAUAUUCAGUUCUGCUUUUUUUCAGUCUGCUAAUGAUUAUUACACAGCACUGUGUGUGUGUGUGUGUGUGUGUGUUUGUUUGUGUGCUUGAACUGCUGACACACUACUCUCACAAUUUGUGUUGUAAGGAGAACCACCAAGGAAACACUCGCCCUGCACAGCACACGCAACGCACAAACGCAUCACCACAUUUCAUUUGAGAUCUUCUUUUAAUGGUGAACAGAUGUUAAAUUGCUUGUGGCUAACAUACGUAUGUAGGCAUGACUUUAAAACAGUAAAUGUUCCCAGUGUGAGCAGACAACACUUGACCAAUCUCUGCAUCGGGGGAAUCAAUGUAUUACAUUCCAAAGACUCCAGAGAGAGUGUGUGUGGUGUUGUAUUCAAAGGUUGGAGAAUGUUAAACUUGUUGCGUGUGAGGAGGCACUAGACAGACGCUAACCAGUGUUGAACAAAUAGCUUUAAUUUCAACUUUAUCGCCAAGUCUCAAUGUCCGUCUGAGUAUUUUCGCGACCCCAUGAUUCUGCCUCUAUUUGUGUAUGCGUGACAUUAAAUGUCACUCUGCUGUACAAGAUAAACAUAUUUCCACAAAUGGAGGGAAUAUUAUCAUCAUCAUCAUCAUCAUCAUGAUCCAUUUCUAUAGAUGUACAGUUUGAACUCGAUUCUGCAGGCUGAUGCUCUCACACCACAUUUACUAGCUAAAGAUAGAUAUCAUGAGAGCACAGUUACAGUCUGUAGACCAGAUGGGGUGUGAGGCCAGUCUGUAUGCUCUCAGCAAAUGAUGCUUGACAAUUGUGUCAUUUGCUGCUUUUUACUGUACAUAAAGUGUGUGUGUGUAAGUGUGUUUGUAUAUGCACUAGUUAAAUCACGGUGCUAUGAAAGACCUUGUUAGUCUUGAGUCAGAAUCAGGGACCUGUUUUGUGUGUGUGUGUGUGUGUGUGGGAGUGUGAGGAAGAGAGACCUACAUUGAGUGAAUCAACUUUUUAAAUGACAUUUCAUUGUUGAAUCAUUUCAUUAACUUGUACUGAGAUACUGUGUGGUCACAUUUCAGAAUCAACACUCACUGUUGUAUGUUUCUCAUCAGAGGAUUGUGAAUAAUGUCGGCCCUUAUUAUUUCAAGCUUGAUGAGUGUAUAGAGCUGAUCUUAGUGAUAAUACAGCGAGGGCCACCCGGGCUUAAAUAGCUUCUUCAGAAGAGAGAGCUGCUUUUUCAUUUCAUCUUCAAGUCAGCUCCAGUUUGUAGGCUCGUCAUUAUUUAUUCCACCUUCACUUGUGUGUCAAGGUGAGGUGCCCUCUUGUCAUAUAUGACGUGCAUCAGUUGCACAGUAGCACGUUACCCGGUGAGCUAAUGGUGUGAAGCUGGCCUCGUGUGUCCAAAGAGGCAUGCUGGGGAAAAGGGGGGAAAAAAAGAAUGAAGUUCUUUUUUGAUUUCAGUCACUUUUGUCAUUUGAGAUAGGAAAAUAAAGAAUCUAUUGAUCUAAUGUGUGUGGGGUUCAGAUGUGACUCAGAACUGCUAUUCUGAACAUAACCCAGUUAUUGGAUAGUUGUAGUGGUAACAUGGUUCCUUUUUUAGAGAAAAGAGUGGCAAGUCAUGGACUACAGUCGUAGUGCAGGAAUAUAUUUAUAAUUUUGUAAACACCUCGCACUCAUCUCUCUUUCUGUGCCGCAUUGUGAAAACUGUAGGACGCAUGUUUGUUGUCCCUCAACAGCUGACCUGACUUCAAAUUACUUGACAGGUAGUUUUAUCUUAUUUCCUUGAGGAUACUGGUCAAAUCUGGUGUUAAAUCAGUUGGUUAAGGGGCACCUCCACCUCUUCAAGAUUACAGGGUCACACAAGGAGUCAGAGGUUAGAUUGAAGUGUUCAAAGUAGCCUAGAGGUAAAGACUCCUCUCCUAAUCACUGGGGACACUAGCAUUCAGAGUUUUCUUUUUUUCUUUCUCUCAAACAGGGUGGAGGUUUGUUCUCUGUCUGGAAUUAGACUAGAUAAUAUCCUGCUUUGACACAAAUCUGCCAGAAGAGAGCAACUAGGUAGAAACACGUUAUUGUACUGCUGCUGGGCAUAACUGCCCUGUUGUCUCAUUUAACUACUAUUUGGUUCCACGACAUCUAAUUUUGGAUGCACUGGUUACAGACGUGGUGCAGACAUAAUGUUUUGCAGGUAUUUCUUAUUUAAUCUAGAGGAACUGUAAGUGUGGAACAUGCUGUGGCUCACAGUUAUUUGCUGGUGAGAGUUACUGAUGGCAACUGAUGCUUUCUUUUCACUCUGAGCUACUGCAUCCUCACUCUGAGAGUAUAGACAAAUCAGUAUGACACAUCAAAAAAAAAAAAAGACGAAAGAAACAGAGGUUGUACAUGAUGACUAGAGAUGCCAUUACAUGCUGUAAAUGUCCAUCAUUUCCUUGUUUUUUUUUCUUGCAUUUCUUUUCAUUGUUUGAUUAUGAAUAUGAUUAUUAAGAUGUAAGAAUACUGUAGUAUCAUAAGUGAAUCAUUCUUCCUUGCUAGGCAUAGAAAUUGCUUGUGAUUGAUAAUGGCAAUGUAUAACUUGUAAAAAAGCAAAAUGAUUUAAAAAACCUGAAAAAUUGAGAAAACAAACAAAAAAAAAAAAUCUGUACCAGUCAGAGGCCAAGGUAAAGGACUCAUUUUUUGUGUUUUUAUUUUUUUAUUAGCAAUUUAUCACUGUGUGAUAUUUUGUACAUCAUAUUAAGCUGUAUUCAAACAAUUUCCUCUAACUACAAGGGAUAAGAGACCUGCUUUUUAUUAAUUUUGUUUUAUUAUAUAUUUUUGAACUGCAUUCUAGCUUGUAUCAAAUGACUUUCUCCUUUUGUUUUACGGGUCCCCUGUUGUAUGUCAUUAAGGAAGAAAAAAAGAAAAAAUGAAGAUUUUGUAC